AGCGAGCAUAGCAUGCUGCUUCACUUGUAGCUGGAGGCUUUUUCACCUGGCUGUCUUUAAACUCUGUCGGGAUGACCAUGGAUAUGACUUUCCUGGGGACCGGCUCGGCCUACCCGUCUCCUCACCGCGGCGCCUCGGCUCUGGUGCUGCGGACUCAGGGGGAGUGCUGGCUGUUUGACUGCGGGGAGGGAACACAGACACAACUGAUGAAGAGCCAACUCAGAGCAGGUCGAAUCACUAAGGUUUUCAUCUCCCACUUGCAUGGAGAUCACCUGUUUGGUCUGCCUGGUCUCCUUUGCACUGUGAGCCUCAACACCAACCCAGAGCAGCAGAACCUGAACUGUGUGGACAUCUACGGGCCCCGUGGCCUCCGGCACUUUCUAAGGGUGACUCUUGGCCUCACAGGAUCACAGCUGCUCUUCCCUUACGCAGUACACGAGCUGGAGCCCACAGCUGGCCAGAGUCCAGAGGAGGGACAGCUCAGCCUGGAGAUGACAGCGGCGAGUGGUCCUCUGCACCCACAGGAGCAGCUGGGCAGGACGAUCUCCCUGGAUGUGUCCAGUGACAGUUACCUCCUCUUUGAAGACAAGAAGUUUGUUGUCAAGGCCUUCAGAUUGUUUCACCGCAUCCCCUCCUUUGGAUUUUGCAUUCAGGAGCAUGAUCGACCCGGAAGACUUAAGACUGAACUCCUGAAGGAACUAGGCCUGAAACCAGGUCCGCUUUAUGGGAAGCUUAAAAGUGGUGAGUCUGUAACUCUGGAGAGCGGGCGUCUUAUUAUGCCUAGUGAGGUGCUGGAGGAAGCCAUUCCUGGGAGGAAAGUCUGCAUCUUUGGAGACUGCAGCUCAGUUCUUGGAGAAGGACCAAUGAAGUUGUGCAGUGGAGCAGACGUUCUGGUUCAUGAGGCCACCCUUGGGGAUGAGCAUCGAGAGAAAGCAGUGGACCACGGACACAGUACACCUGAAAUGGCAGCAGCAGUGGCUCGGGCUUGCUGUGCGCGGAGGCUGGUUCUGUACCACUUCAGCCAGAGGUACAAACCCUGCUCUCUGCAGAAGGAAGGGGACGAGGAUGAUGUCUCAGAACUCAAGAGACAGGCGGAAAAUGCUCUACAAGACAGUGGUGUAGAAGUGACUCUGGCUGAGGACUUUCUUACUCUGCCCAUUCCUCUCAGAAGACCAAUGUAAUGAACUACAAUUUUAGUUUUUGUGUUGCCUUAUCAGUAAACUCUCAACUGACA